UUUACCCCAUCUGUUUCAGCCUUCCAGAUGUCACAUGGCAUUGAGGUGAAUGUCACAAAAGACGACAAGUUAUGCCUCUACGCCGAUCUAAUGCUGAACUUCUCUGUGUCCUACGAAACAACCGACAAUAAGACAGCAACUGUUGUCUUCGACCUCCCAGCCAAUGCCAUUUCGAAGGGCAGUUUAUGUGAUAACGCGAGCUCCACCCUGAUGCUCCAGUUUGGAGACGGCCACUCCUGGAGUGUGAAUUUCACCCUGAAAGAAAAGCUUUACGAGGCAGACGUCAUAACCUUUACUUACAAUCUCAACGACUCUUCUGUCUUCCCUAAUCCUAAAUCCAACGAGACGGUAACCGUGACCAAUAAGCCUCCAACCACCGGGGUUCCCCUGAACACCUGCUACUCCUGUAAAAGUAGAGAAGUGGUGGAAGCCGUUCAGGUCAACAUGACCCUGUGGAACGUGCUCAUUCAGGCUUUUGUCGCCAACGGCAGCAGGAGCGAGGAGAUAACCUCAUGUGCCGCCGACGUUCCCUCCACCACGGCUGCCCCCACCACGCCCGCCACCACCACGCCAACCACGGCGCCCGUCACAAACGGCACCACCACCGCCCCCCCCGCCACCACCACCCCCACGCCCGCCCUGCCCACGCCCGCCACGGGGAAGUACAGCGUCAGCCCCGACCAGAACGCCACGGCCUGCCUGCUGGCCAGCUUCGGCCUGCGCAUCGCUUUCAAGCAGGAUGAGAAAUACCAGGAGAUGAACUUCGAGCCCAACGGGACGCACGUGUCCGGGCUGUGUGGAGUCAACAGCAGUGAGCUGGUGCUGGUGUCGGAUGACAUCGCCAUUAACCUCACAUUCACCAACGACACAAAGAAAUUCCGCCUUCAUGCUUUGAACAUCACCGUGAAGACCGUCUCUGGUGUGUUUGCGGAGGCCAACACCAACCUGAGCCUGUGGGAGGCGGCUGUGGGCAGCUCCUACAUGUGCAACAAGGAGCAGAACUACACCAUCACCGGCCUGCUCUCCAUCUACACCUUCAACCUGCAGGUGCAGCCGUUCGGCGUGGCGAAGGGCGUUUUCAGUACAGCUGAGGAAUGCCUGGCUGACGUGGAGAGCUUCCUUGUUCCCAUAGCGGUCGGAGUUGCCCUUCUCGUUCUCAUUCUUAUCGUUCUGCUGGCCUAUUUCAUCGGGAGAAAGAGAAACAUGGCCACGGGCUACGAGUCUUUCUGAUUUUAACCCGCCUCACUCAGAGCUUGCUCCUUCUCAAAAGACCGUUGCUGCCUAUUUAUCUGGCUGCUUUUUACUAAUUGUGGAAAUAGUGUGUGUGUGUGUGUGUGUUGUUUCAGUGUUCACGUGUGGUGUGCAGAGCAGACUUUGGGCGAAUGGCUCGGCGCUCUGGGAGGUUUGGGGUUUUCUGCAUUGGGGGGGGGGGGGCUCCGCAUAAAGGCUGGAAACAAAGGAAACGGGUUGCCAUGGCUCCCAGUCACUAAAGUCCGUCGACUCGCACACCUACAGCUCAGAUCUGUGUUCAAAGGAGCGGACUGUCUUAUUGGUGGCAGGAAGUAAUCCUUGGGAACUCAAUUAUGAAACCAGACGAAUAACCGAAUACUUGAAGUGGUGAUUGGAGAGCAAAGGAAAGCUGUUUCGCUUUGUUUCCGGUUUUUAAGCCUCAGCGGAUCCAAUUUAAAAGAAAAAAACAAAAAGAAAACUGACACAAAAGAGAGGUAUUGAUCUUCUAACUGGAGACAAGCUUUUUUUCUUUUUCUUGUUUUUCGAUUUGUGCAUGUUUUUCCUAAAAUCUCCUGAACAUUAAUUCUAAAACUGAGGUAGCCGUUAAGCUGGAUUCACUUGAACUAAUCAGCACUACGUUGGCUUUGUUGCUUCCACUUGUAGGUCCUGGUGUCCGUCUGCUGCUUCCCGCUCUGCUUCUAACUCAAAUCUUCCUGUGAGCAGUUUGGUGCUGACGCAAUAACCUGCUGUCUGUCUCUUUCUGUUUUUCUGUCAGCUGAGGAAUGCUUCCUGGACUCUGAUUUGAGCUUUUUGGUGCCCAUUGCAGUGGGCGUGGCGCUCAGCUUCCUAAUCAUCCUUGUGCUUAUCUCUUACCUGAUUGGCCGGAGGAAGAGUCGCACUGGCUACCAGUCUGUUUAAUCCCACACGGCUGCUUCCGCCUCCCGUCCCUUAUCGACUCUCUCAGCUCUUUAAAACACCCCCCCCCCCCCGCCCCUCAGUGCAUCCAAAGCUUCCCAGAUCUAUGCUUUUUAUUUUCUUUUUUCUUUUUUAAAUUGCCUGAGGCAGCGUUUCCCUGCAAUAACCUAAAGCUUUUCCCUCGAGCCACCGUUUCCUCCGCCCCAGCAGUUUCCUCUGUUUUACUGAUGCCAAUGAUUGAACCAAGUUCCAAAACUUUUAUGAUCGACACUGAGUCGUUCAAUUAUAUAUUGCAUGUUGGCAUUUAUGGCUGUGAGUAGCCAUCCAACUCCUUUCCAGAGGUCCCUCCCUCCUCAGAGAGGCUUUUUGCCCUUCUGUGCUCUAUAAUGGUAUGUGUAAAUUAAUCUCUUGUAUAGAAUGAAUGACAUUGAUUUUUUUUUUUGUGAUGAUGAUGAUGAUGAUGAUG